CAAUAUCAUCAUCAAAUCGUAUCAUACUCUUUCCCUCUCCUUUCUUCUUUCACUCACCUCACAACCAACGUUUUUUUGUUCAGUAAAACACGAGAACAAUCCCCUGCGGUCGCGCCUUCUCUUCCCUUUCCUACUACUUCGCUCGGCAGAUUUAUCCAUGGCGGUUCCUCCGUCGGUCGCUGGCUCUCCGGCGUCACUCUACGUCGGCGACCUCCAUUCUGACGUCUCCGACAGCCACCUCAUCGACGCAUUCUCCGAGUUCAAGAGCCUUAACUCCGUUCGCGUCUGCAAAGACUCCUCCACCGGCAAAUCCCUCUGUUAAGGCUACGUCAACUUUGUUUCUCCUCAGGACGCAAUUCGUGCAAUCGAGAUUAAGAAUCAUACGUUGCUGAAUGGAAAAAUGAUGAGAGUGAUGUGGUCGCGUCGCGAUCCUGAUGCGAGGAAGAGCACUAUUGGGAACUUGUUUAUUAAGAACAUACCGGAAUCGAUAGAUAAUUCUGGACUGCAAGAUAUAUUCAAGAAAUAUGGAAAUAUUUUGUCCAGCAAAGUUGUCACGUCUGACGAUGGGAAGAGUAAAGGAUACGGUUUUGUUCAAUUUGAAUCGGAGGAAUCCUCUCAUGUUGCUAUAGAGAAGCUGAAUGGCUCUACUGUUGGUGAUAAACAGUUAUAUGUCGGGAAGUUUGUAAAAAAAAGUGAUCGCAUUUUUUCUGGCGCGGAUGGAUAUACAAACUUGUACAUGAAGAAUUUAGACUUGGAUAUUACAGAAGCAAAAUUGAAGGAGAAGUUUUCCUCUUUCGGGAAAAUUGUUAGCUUGGCUAUUGCAAAGGACCACAAUGGGAUGCCCAAGGGUUUUGGCUUUGUGAACUAUGAUAACCCCGAUGAUGCUAAAAAGGCAAUGGAAGGAAUGAAUGGAUCACAAUUAGGUUCUAAGAUUCUGUACGUAGCCAGAGCGCAAAAGAAAGCUGAGCGCGAGCAGAUCUUGCAGCACCAAUUUGAGGAGAAACGGAAGGAACAAAUAUUGAAAUACAAGGGGUCGAACGUUUAUGUGAAAAACAUUCAUGACAAUGUAAAUGACGAAGAACUGAGGGAUCUUUUCAGUGCAUGUGGCACUAUAACUUCAUCAAAAGUUAUGCAAGAUGACAAAGGCAUAUGUAAAGGGUUUGGCUUUGUCAACUUCUCCACUCCAGAGGAGGCUAAUAAAGCCGUGAACACUUUUCAUGGAUUCAUGUUUCAUGGUAAACCACUGUAUGUUGCCCUUGCUCAGAGGAAAGAGGAUAGGAAAACACAAUUGAAGCUUCAAUACACACAGCAAAUAGCAGGACUAGCUGGACCUUCGACUACUAUUAUCCCUGGUGGAUACACUGCUUAUUAUUAUGCAGCUACUGGUGCUAUUUCACAUGUGCCUCCUCGAGCUGGACUGAUGUAUCAUCCUCUUGCAUUGAGGCCUGGAUGGGGAGCUAAUGCCUUUGCACCCCCUGCUAUAUCAUUUCAACAGUCAUCUGUUCCCGCAGUUUCUAACAAUAAUAGGCAGCAUAGGCAAAACAGGGGAAGGUUGAAUGGGCAUUCAGCAUCACAGGGAAAUACUCAGUCUGGUACUUAUUUGCAACAAGGCCAGCAGACUUCUCAGUCAAUGAUCUCUUCAAGAGACUCAAGUACUCAGCAGAGAACCGGACACCUUAAGUAUAUACCCAAUGGACGCCAGCGUGAAAUGGAAAAAGGAUCUGGUUCCUCAUCCGCUACUUAGGGAUCCCAGGGUCCAGAAAUGCUGCAUAGCUUUCUUGCUGGGGCUGCUCCCGAGCAGCAGAAGCAGAUACUCGGAGAGCAUCUUUACAUGCUUGUUCAGAAACUAAAGCCUAGCCUAGCAGCAAAAGUAACAGGUAUGCUUUUGGAGAUGGACAAUGGAGAAUUGUUGGUUCUCCUGGAAUCGCCGGAGGCUCUUUCCGUGAAGGUGGAAGAAGUUGUGCAAGUGCUUAAGAACACUAAGACCAAAGUUUCUGGCCAGGACGUACUUCGUUCAAAUUACCUUUCAGCUGAAGUUGCAGUAAACUAAACACUUUAACCUGAUAUUUUAGUUUUAGCAUAAAUCAGGGAAGGCCUCCAAAGAACUCAGAAAUUUGAGGACAGUGAAUUUUGACAUCAAUGAUUACCUUAGGUUUCUUCUACAGUAUAUUUCCUAACGAAAACACUUUACGUCUUUCUGCUGGCCUUUAGGUUUGACAAAAUUUGGUAGUGACGAUAAGAAUCAUGGAUUAAGUUUGUUUUUGGUUUUGAUUUGCAUGGAUUAACUUCGAUGAAUCUUAGUUUUUUCGUUUCCUUUUCAUAUGCUAUGUAGAAUAUAUUCUACACAUAUAACCAAUUUUUCAAUCAACUGUGAUACGCUAAACCAUCAAUUUACCUUUGUAGUU